UAUAAUCCAUCAUACUGAUCUGUCUAAAGUUUAAUACCUACAACUAUUGUCUUUGACGUCUAUGGAGAUUUUAUUAUUCUAAUGGAUGAUAAAAAAAAAUGCCCCGCUACCAAAAACAAUAUGGCUGAUGCACGCUAUUGUAAAAAUAACGCGAAAGUUUUAAUUUUUGUUAGAAAUAAGUGAUUACUUUAUUGUUUUUAAGUUAUAUUUAGUGUUACAAUGGCGACAAAAACUUGGAAAAUAGAAAAGGACCUUUGUCGGUGCUGUCACGCCGAAGGCACUUUCGACAACUUGGCCGAACCGCGUACGUUUUUGGAAAAAGAAGAAGUUUAUUCAGAUAUGCUUAGAGAAUGCCUCGAUCUUGACAUACCCCCAGUCCCUGGCGAGCUAUGCGCAAUAACAUACUCAAUAUGCAAUGCGUGCAUAACACGGCUGAGGGAUGCGUGCAACUUCAAGAAGCAAGUACAAGACUGUGAGCAGAGGUUUAUGACGCUAUACUACAAGAACGCUAUACAAGGUCUCAACACAGAAACUGUUGUGAAAGAAGAACUUGAAGUGUCCAUAGAUGACAACCAUUCGGAUGAUGAUAUAGAAACCAUAGUUUUAAAGAAGGAGGAAGACGACGACGACGACAGCUUUAUGGACAGAGACGAUGACGACGAUGACAUGAGUGAAGACUUCGCAAUUACAAAAAAACCGACGACAAGCAUGAAGACACGGUCGAAACCCAAAGCGAAACCGAAAGCGCCGCCUGUGAAGAAAGAAAAACCCCAGCCACAGCCAAAAAAGAAAGCGGAACCGAAACCGGUGAAGGAGAAAAAAGGCGGCAAACCGGCGGCCAAACGGCAAAUCGUAUUCAGCCUCAAGCCCGAUGAUUACAGGACGAAAGACACGAAAAUCAUCUGCAGUCACUGCGAGAGGCCAUACGAUAAAAUGGAGUCCCUAAGGUUCCACGUGAAAUGCAAACACUACCGGAUACCAAAACACGUGUGCAAGAUAUGCGGAAAGCACUUCAUGACAAGCGCCCCCUUCACCAUUCACAAGCUCGAAGAGCACAAUCAGGACGACAGGAUCCACUGUAACGCCUGCAAGAAGAUCUUCAACACUAAAGUCCAGUUGAAAAAACAUAUCAACAAUUUUCACAUGCUAGGAGAGAAGUUUAAGUGUCAGAUGUGCGACUACGAGUCCUUUAGCUUCGAAGGCUUGUACAAGCAUCGCUACGUGCAUAAGACGGAGAAGGAUUACAAAUGCAAGUUCUGCAGGAAGGCUUUCGUUAGGAAGACCACUUUGGAUCUGCACGAGAGAAUACACACGGGCGAUCGGCGGAAGGUGUGCAAAGUGUGUAACCAAGCGUUCGUACAGAAGGCCAGUCUGAAUUAUCACAUGAACAAGUACCAUCCAGAAGUUAAAUACUAGCGUUAAACAAAUAAAUACAUCCACUCACAAUUCACAGCUUUUACGCAAAGAACCGCCGCUCUCGUAGGAGAAAGAGAAAUAGACUACAAGACAUAUAUAAGACAAGCUAACUAUUAAAUAUCAUAUGCAUUAUCAUAUCAGGGUCACUUAUGUCAGCACGGCUAGCAUAGGAAGGAGAAAAUUAUAUCCCUUGGCAAGGGAUAAAAUUAACGUGUCCACUCCUUCUCCUAUUUAGAGAAACAGGGAAUAGGAGAAAUUUACGGCCCUUUAUUAAGGUAUAUUUAGGUAUAUUAUUUCCACUUGCACGCCAAAACUCGGAGAGUUGAUAAAGCUGCGGGAGAAGAUACAAUUGUAGUGUGUCUUUCACCGCCAGAAAAAAUGGUCUUCUACACAUGCUAGACGUGCAUGGAAAGAGCAAAUAAACAAUCGUUAGUCCAUUAUUUAUUCCAUUGCCUUUGUAUUUAAAGAACUAAAUUGUGAUAGCGGAUUCAUUCUUCUUAAUUUUAGGUUUAUAUUCAGGAACUGUAUCAGGUCCGAUUAGUGAGUUCCUUGUGUGAGCUUUGACUGGGGUGAUUGACUGCUCUGUUGUCGCAACUAGGUCUGAACCAUUGAGAUAAAUUGCUCGAACUUACAGCAUAUUAGCUCCUGUCAAUGCUUGUUGUGCGGGUAAGAGAAAGUUAAUAAUCGUAUAUCUAAUAAGUAAAUUGUGAUAGCGGAUUAUUUUUUCUAAAAGUUAGGUUAAUAUUGGGGAUCUGUAUUAGGUUUAGUUAGUGAGUUUUUGACUCUGUCGAUUGACCGCUCUAUUGUGACCGCAACUAGGUCUCACAACAGAACUAGUUUCAGUGAGAAAAAUUGCUUUAAGAGUAAAUUGACUUAUUGUGUUACUCUUAUACCCAUGUUCACGCUAUGGCUGGCAAACGGAAGUACAUCAUUACUGGUAGUGCUAGGUGAUUUUUGAUGACGUUAGUGAGUUUUUUGCGUGAGCGUUGACUGGGUUGACUGAUCGCUCUGUUGUGACCGCAACUAGGUCUCACAACCAGUGGCGUGCACUUCAUACAUGCACAAAAGCUCUGCAUACCCUAAAA